GCGAGCGGCGGAUGGGCUGGCGGCGCCGGGCCUGAGGGAAGGCGGAAAGAGGGGAGAAGCGCGAGGCGGAGCUGGCGGGCGGGCCCAUGGCCUGGCCUGACCCCGGAGACCGCCGCGAGGAGAAGGAGAAUGAGUACGUGUUGUUGGUGUACCCAUGCUGGUCCCGAUGCCAUUGGAUUGCUGGAAAGGUAUGCCUCUAAGGUGCUGUCCCCCAGUGAAUUUGAUGCCGCCAACGAUGACCUCUGCUACUGUGUCGAGUGCGUGGAUGAGUACCACAAAGCAAGGGAGAAGUCGCCAUCACUGCAAACGGUCCUGUGGCAGUUGGAAACGACUCGCCUCAUUAACCACUUAGAGAAAACCAUGCGCAAGAGAAAUGAGCCUCAUGAUUUAUAUAUUGUGGAAGGAGACAAGGAAACACCAUGCUACGAUUAUACCAGUUCUGACUUGGAGAGAGACCUCAGCAUCCCUUUGUUUGAAAUACUGAAAUACCCGUAUCUGCUGCUUAAUAAGCAUCUCAGUGACUUGUGGGUUGAGGCGCUUUUUGAAGUAGAGAAAAUCAACUACAACUAUGAGGUUACUGGCAAACAUCCAGGGAUUUAUCUGCUUGUGGUUCACCCUAAUGAACAAAUCCGCCGGUGGGCCAUCCGAACAGCCACGAAUCUGGGGGAGGUGGACAGGGAUGACUACUACGACAUACAGGAAGUGUUCACUUGCUUGUUCAAAGUGAUUGAUUUGGACUUGUUUGAAAACCCUUAUAUUUAUAACUCUGCCGAGUUAGAGGAGGGAAGACUCAACCUCUUGCCCCCCCAUCUCUAUGAUACCAACGACCACAAAAGCUUCUGGCUAGGCAUUUGCAUGUUGCUAACGGUAUUGGAAGAACAAGCUAUGGAUUCACUGUUACUUGGCCCAGAAAAGCAGAAUGACUUCAUGCAAUGCAUACUCACCACGCUGAAGGAUCACAAAGAUGAUGAGAAGCAGGAUCCCUUCUGGCCAGCACUGCAGUGUUUCAUGGUGAUCUUGAAUCGCCUUGGGUCCAAAGUGUGGGGUCAGCUGACUGAACCAAUAAAGGCAUUUCAAAUCAUUAUCGACAGUCCGAGCUACAAGAAGAAGAUCGAACGCAUUCGCCAAAGUUGCAGGAGGACUAAAACCGAGCCGUUCUUUGACUAUGGAGAUGAGAUGAUUACCUCCAGCCAGAUGGUGUAUAACUACUACACAGAAAAGCUCCCAAAGGACACUGGUUGGAAGGCAGCUGUUUGGCCGGAUUACUUCCGCAACUUGCAUGAGGAUAUCCAGGCUUUGGCCAGCAUGCUUCAGUCCGACGCUGACCAAGAAGAGCACUGGCACAGCAGCACUUUUCUGUGGUUCAUUCCUUUUGUUCAUUCCCUCAUGGACUUGAGCGGAGGAAUCCUCUACAUCAUGACGGUCGUCUGGCAUCUGUGUUCCGAAAUCAACAAGGUCUUCUGUGAAGCCACCCACUACUGUGACAAGGUGUCUGAAAGCUUCAUCCUGAUCCUGGUGGCGGUGGUUCAGCUCCAUUUGGCGAAAGGGUGCCUGCACUUGUUGCGGGUCAGCUCAAAGUUCUGGGUGGAGGCCGUGGUGAAAUGCGCUAAGCUUCCAAGUGCAGCAUCCGCGCACAGCAGCGAGGGCGGUCUCCGAAACUUCCCAAGGACCUCAGGGCCAGUCUCGUCACAGGGACCUUGCUCCAUGCAGCUCGUCUGCAUGAGGCUGAUCCGGAGCCUCUUGAAGGAAGCCUAUCAGCAAGGGCUGCAAGGCAGCUGCAAGAUCUUCCUCGACCGGCUCAAUUUUCUUCUGCGCAACCAUGACGUCUCGCAGGGCUGGCAGCUGAGCGCCGAGGACACCAGCGAAUUGCAGAAGUGCCUACUGAAGUUCAUCGAAAGCAUCGACGACAAACAGUUGGCGACUACCUCCCGCGGGCAGAGUGCAGCAGCUUGCGUUUCCCCACCUGUUUUUUCAAUGAAGCAAGAAAGAGAAACGGGGGAUGACAGGUGUCCGGUGAAUCCAUCCUGUGAGCAGGCUGCUUGUCCGCCAUUAAGGAGUGACGAAGUCUGCCGAGAAGGGCCGUCCCCCAGGAGAGUUUCUGGUUUGGGGGAGGAGCACAGGGAAGUCUCUCGCCGAGACCAAAAUCUGCACAAGACCCCAGAACGCCCUGUGUCCAAUAUAAAACAAGAGCCAGAAGAGAGAUCAGUAUUGGAAGGCAAUCACUUGGCCUGCCCCAAGUUAGCAAAUGGACACAAAAAUGCCCAGAACAAAGAACACUGUCCCCAAGACCCAGAAAACGAGAGGGAGAGGGAGUCCUCCUAUAAAAGCGACUGUGAGCAAGCCUUGCUGAACCUAGAGAGCAACAAUAGGGGUGGAAAGGAGGCCAGGUCUAGAACUUCCGAAUGUUUGCCGGUUCCUGAAAAGGAUCCUGAUGGCAGGAAUGGCGGCAGCGGAUCAGCGGUAAAGAUGAGUGUGGAUAGCCUUGCAAACAUCAAAGUCGUAUUGGAGAAAUCCAGCCUUACCUCCAAAUUAAAGCAGUUUUUUAAAAAUAGCAGGAGAGGAACUACCACACCUGAGCCAGCAGCAGAAAAGCAGUUGUGUCUCAAAGAUGGGAGCAGAGGUCAGGAAGAGGGGACGAGUGAAAUCAGGGGCACUAGCUAUAGCUUAUUGAAUGUGUGCAAACAGGAGCCGAGCUCAGUCGAUGCCUCUGAAGACAAGCCGCUCUGCCCCCAAAAGAAAUCCGUAGACAGGCUGGCGGAAUUGAGAGGUGCCCCAAAAGCAGAGUGUGAUUUGGAAGAGAGUAGCAGUGACGACGAGAACAUUCCGUAUUCAACGAUCAGGAAGAACCUGAAGAAAAACAGAUCGGCUGCCGCAGCCACCCUGCUGGCAGAUUCUCAGAUCGACAGAGACCUCAGCAGGCUCUCCCUCGCUGCAUACGCCAAAGGAGUCAAUUUUCCUGUCGAUUCGAGCCAAGAGAGCACCGUCCAUGAGCAGAGCUGCAUUCGGAGGAAAGUCGGAGGUGCUGUGAGAUCGUGUUGUGGCAGGGAGAGCAACCAGUCGUCACCGGAUGCUGAUGAACCCGGCAAUCAGAUCAUUGUGAUUUCUGAUUCUUCUUCAGAUGAGGAUAAGAACAAAAUGCAUAUGGCGGCAGAGCGAGAGAGAAAGCAAGGAGGCGCCAGUCUCCAAAAGCCAUCUGACUGUGCCUUUGAAAGUGCCAGAGGCCAAGAGUCGCCCGCUGCCUCCAGUUCCCCUCUGCCAGCUGAAGAAUGCGAAUCGCAGUGUUUUGAGUUUGAAACCGAGGAUGAGAUCUACUCCGUCUGGCAAGACAGCCAGGGGGAUGAGAAGGCGGCAGACCCUCCAGAGCAGCAAGGCCUUCCAAUAAAGCCAAGAAGCAGCCAUGCACAAUGGGAGACUGGAAGGCAAACAAACGACCGAGGUUAUGAUACCGACUAUAUUGGGGAAGAGGUUAUUGAAAAAGCAGCAGAGGAUUUUGAGCAACAGGUAAACUCGAAGAGGAAAGAUAGUAAAGCUGAAACGCCCAAUAAUGAAGCCGUUGUCGGCAAAGGGAACGCAAAGGAUUUCACAGAGGCGCGUGCUAAUGGUGGAGGAUAUGCCAGGCAUGACAAUCCACUUUUGCUCAGCCCGUCCACAACAGCGGGUCCUUCAGCAUCAAAAUCUGCUAAUGAGAAAUCAAAAACAAGGCCAGCCAAAAGUCCAGCAAAAUCCCAGCAGCUUAAGAUGGGUCAUAAGAGAGCCGAGAAAGGAAAUCUCAAGCCAAGCGCUCUCAACAAAAAAUCACCACAGACCAAAUCCUUCAGGUCUGCCCCUGCCGUGGUCCCACCAAAGAAGGUCCAUGGGUAUCCUCAGCCGGCAUCAACGGUGGAAAAACUGGGCCUGAAAAAGGCACCCCGCAAGGCAGCUGAGCUCUCUCAACGUUCGCUAGACUGUCUUGACGAAUUGCGCAGCUAUGGCAAAGCCGCUGGGGAGUUGGGUUCUCCUCAGCAAAGAAAGUCUAAAUUAAUUCCAGCACAGAGUCUGGUGGAUAAAAACAGGAAAAUGCUGACUUGCCAAGAUCUGCAGUUCUACAGGCAGUCAAAACCCAAACUAAAAGAGAGAGGUCGACGUAUUCAUGGAAGAAAUCCCGAGACAAAGCCCCUCAAAAUAGCCAAGAAGGUAGUUCCUAAGCAGAGUCUCCCACAAGUAGCAAGGGGGGCUGCUAAUGGAUUUCAGAAAGAGAGAGCUGUGUGCUCCAGUAGCCCCUCAAACAGUGAAAGGAAAAAGUUGUGCCAACGUCCACUGGAGAGGGAGGAAGUCCAGCCCACAUCUGUCUCUCCAGUGAACAAGGAGUUUUCAUUGGCUGGCCAGUCUACCAAUUUUGAUAUGAAUGUCGUAGAAAACACAGCAGUUGUCACACCUUUUCUAGGCAAUUUAGGUUCCACUGUAACUGGCGGUACGAAAACGGACUUCGUGGUCUCUUCCUAUUUCUCCUCUAGCCCUUGUGAUAAAGCCGUUUCAGAAGAGACAAACUCUAAAUUAAGCAUGGACAACGAAGAGGAUAAUGACCUGUUUUUAACACAGAGAGCCCCAGUGGAUAUGGAGGUAUGUUCGCAAGUGGAAAAUGGCAUAAUUGUGGUAGAAAAUGUUCCUGAAAGCCCCUUGCAAGGUCACUCCUUAAAUACUGACAUGUGCAAGCACGUCGGGUGUGCUGAAAAGGUUAAUAAAGCAGGAGCCUACUGCACAAAGCAUUCUGCUCUCGCUCCACUGGAUCAUGUCUUUGCCAAGCCUCUUCCCCCCAAACCUUCAACAGCAAAAAUCUUCUGCUCCACUUCUUCAAGGAGUGCCAACCUCACCAAGGACCUGGAGAACUUUGACAAGACCUCCCUGGUUCUGAAGAGCAAACCUGCCUUGAAGAUGGAUGGGAUCAAGCGCCUGUCGUUCACGAACGUUCUCGGGCCUCGGAAUUCAAACAACGACCCCCAGUUCCAGAACAUGCGGAGUAACCGCAUUGCGGAAAUUGCCAAGGCUCAGCCAACCCCAGGGAUCCAUGCUGGGCAAGAGAGGCACCUACACUUCCCACAAGUAAGCCAUGUUAGCGCUCAGAAGAGAGACUACAGCAUUUUCAACAAAGAGGUCCUAAGGUGGAACUAUGACAUGUUUGCGAGAUUCAACCAGUUUGGGGUGCCUGAAAGCCUCCUUCAGUCGAUCGUGGCCCCUAUUCCGGCCAGAUUUAAGGGUUACAACGACUACUUCGAUACAUUCUUCCCUUUGAUGGUGCUAAACGCUUUUGAAACGGUGGCACAAGAAUGGCUCGAGAAUCAGAAGCCGAGAGAGCAGAAGGAAUUUCCCUUGAAAUUACUGAGCCUCAGUGCAGACUCCAACGGAGCCGAUUUUACAGCUGAAAUUCAGGAAAUUGAUCUGGAGAGUCAGAUGCAUCCCAAGGAGAGUGACUUGGUCUUCUUAAAGGUGUCCAAAAGACAAAACCCGUACAUCGAAGAAAGUGGGAUGGAACUUGUACGUUACGUUGGCCUAGUGACACAUUUUUCCCAGCCAUCAGUCCGCGAAGCGAGGAGGAAAGAACAGAAGGUUGUCUGUCGCUUGUCUAUCCAGACACAAGGCAGUUUGUCCUUCAUCAGUAAGGAAGCCAGAUGCACAGUGGUGAGCUCUCUAGUGACAACGCAGCGAAGGUUCAAGGCGCUCCUUCUGCUGAGCCGAAGCCCUCUGGCCUCACCCAUCUACAGCGCAUCUUAUGCCAACUUCUGCCCAAAGGGCUUAAACAUGGACUCCGUGAAUGCUGUUCCUGACAUGGCGGAAUACAAUGAAGAUCAAAAGAAGGCCAUUGAGACGGCUUAUACCAUGGUGAUGAAGCUUCCCAUGUUUCCCCAAAUUUGCCUAAUCCAUGGGCCACCUGGAACAGGGAAGUCAAAAACUAUCGUUGGACUCCUGUACCGCAUCCUGGCUGAGAGACCUGAAAAGGAGAAUGCUGCGCACAGCCUGAACACCAAGAUUAAGCGGAACCGUGUGCUGGUGUGUGCCCCGUCCAAUGCUGCUGUUGACGGUUUGAUGAAAAAAAUAAUUCUUUUCUUCAAGAAAAAAUGCCAAGACAAAGAAAACCCAUUAGGAAACUGUGGUGAUAUCAACUUGGUGAGGCUGGGGCAAGAAAAGUCCAUCAGCGAAGAAGUCCGAAAGUUCAGCCUGAACGACCAAAUCGAGCACCGGAAGAACAGAGGGAAGCUCGUCCACGACCAAGAUCUCCACAAGAGGAAAGAAGAACUGGACCAACAGCUGGACAUGCUUUCUCGCCAGCGUGCGAUGGAAAGAGAGACGCAGGAGAAGAGACAGAAAUUAGAUGAGGAGAUCUGCAGACUUUCGAGGGAGAGGGAGCGACUCGCUCAUCAGCUGAAGGAGGUCCGGGGACGGUCUCAGGAGCUGAAGACGAAUAUUAUCCUGGAGUCUCACAUAAUCUGCUGUACGCUCAGCACAAGUGGUGGGGCGCUGCUGGAAUCCGCGUUCCGGAGGCAGACCUAUAAUCCAAUCAGCUGCAUCAUUGUGGAUGAGGCAGGGCAGGCCUGUGAGGUUGAAACGCUCGUCCCGCUCAUUCACGGCUGCCGAAAGCUCGUCCUGGUUGGCGAUCCCAAGCAGCUCCCUCCUACGGUGAUCUCUGUG